AUGAACGCUUGGUGUUUGUUGGCCGCCGUUGUUGCUUAUGUUGUCGCUGACAACAUCACUCCCGAGUUGAACACCCCGAUCAGCGGUGGUGAGUUCACCUUCUACGGCUACGGUACCGACAGUGAGGGAGCUUGUGGUUUGGAUGUGACCAACUGUUCGGCCGCCGCUUCUGGUACUUUGUUCACUUCUGGAGCCGCCUGGGUACCAUCUAACUUUUCUGACGGCCGCUACAUCUUGGACGACCCAAUCUGCCAAGGUAUCUGCGUUCAAAUCGAGUACCAAGGAAAGACGUGAGUGUUGUUGCGGUUUAGACGAGAAUAUUUGAAGAAAAAUAUAAUUUAUAUUGUAGUAGACAUAUGUUUCUAUAUUGAAAUAGACGUCAAAAGCUUUUUUUACAACUUAAACAUAAUAAAACCACCUAUAUUACAGUGGAGUCUUCCCAAUCAACAACGAAUGCCCAGAAUGUGCCGUCAACCACGUCGACCUCACCACCGACGCCUUCUUAUACUUGGAGCCUUUGGGAGGAACUGUAGGAAUCGCCACUGAUGCCACCAUCACCUACUUGUUCUGUAACCAAACCACCCCCACCGACUGCAGUGGUACCGCCGUGGUUGGCUCAACUGUCGCCGCUGCCAGCACCGCCAGCACCACCACUGCCGCUGCAGCUUCAGGCUCAGCCACCACUAAAGCUUCUGGAACAUGCUAA